AAUUGCCAGCGUUACACAAAUUCCGUAGAUCUAAAGGCUAAUAAUAAAUAAAUCAAUUCGAGCAUCAUGAAUCUGGUGUGGGGUCACAAGGGACCGUACUUUCAUGCGCCAUGCCAGCGGGAUCGCUUCCCGAGUCUGCUGGACGAGAUGGGCGAUGAUGGGGACAAGCUGGUUGCCCACUUGGGCAUCUCGAAUAUGGCGGACAUGGGCGCCCGUUUGAAGAGGGGUCGCAAGCCGACAGCCGUUGCCGAGCAACGUGCCGCCGAUUGCGUUAAGGAGCAGUGUGUGCCGCUGCACAAGAUGUUCUGCACCUCGGCGCAGGGGCUGCGACGAGGCGUCGAUAAGUACGCCCAGAUACCCAAGUACGAUCCCUAUGUGGAUGAGGAGGAUCAGCGUGAGCUGGCCCAGCGCUAUCGCAAGCUAUUGAAUCGCCCAAGCCCCACACCUGCCGAGCGCCAGGUGGGCGAACCGCCGUACACCGGCCUCUGCCCGCACUGCCGCCGCCGGGGCAGCAACGAUGUGGCCAACGACUUUCAGGGCCGACUCUACCUGCAGCAGGCCUAUCUGCUGGGCCAAAUCAAUCUCAUGGUCUUGGACGGACAGCAACCGCCGCAGUUGCAGCAGAACAACGAGGGCUUCCAUAAUAUCCAGUACAAUCGCUAUCAUGGCUAACGUCCUAUAUUAUAUUAUUUGUGCAUUAAAGUUCAACAUCUGCUUUCAAUUAUGAUGA